UUUUCCAACCUAUGCGGCACUGUCUAUACAGCAGGCAACCUGAUAUUUACGCCAGACGGCAACUCGAUCUUGAGUCCCGUCGGCAACCGUGUUUCGGUAUUUGAUCUAGUCAACAACAAGUCCUUGACUUUACCGGUCGAAAUGCGAAAAGAUAUUAAACUCAUGGCACUCUCACCAAACGCUACACUACUGGUUACGAUCGAUAAAGAUGGUCGAGCAUUGUUGAUCAACCUUCCACGACGAGUUUUGAUCGCCCACUUUAACUUCAAAGCACCUGUCAAAGCAAUCCAAUUCAGUCCUGACGGCAAAUGGAUUGCCGCCAGCCACGAAAAAUACGUCGAAAUUUGGAAAGCACCAGGCUUCAACCGGGAAUUUGCUCCCUUUGUGAAGCACAAGACCAUCGGCGGCCACUAUGACGAUAUUCUCAACAUAUCGUGGAGCCCGGACUCAAAAUACUUUUUAACGUCGUCGAGUGACAUGACAGUACGCCUUUAUCGUAUGGAUGCUUCAAAAGACUACGUUCCACAAACAUUGGCAGGCCAUCGUAAUUCGGUACUCGGUGCAUGGUUUUCCGAUGAUAUGCAAAAUAUAUAUACCAUUAGUAAAGACGGUGCUCUUUUCCACUGGCAAUACCGAACGAGAGCAGCUGCACGCGAUUCUGACGACGAGGACGAAAUGGAUGUUGAUGAUGGCGAAGCUAACCGUGUCGACAAAGCCCAAUGGCGGAUAUCAGGAAAACAUUAUUUCAACCAAAACAAUAUCAAAGUCAAGUCAUGCGCCUUCUUUGCACCCAGCAACUUACUUGUCGUCGGCUUUUCCAAUGGUGUCUUUGGCCUAUAUGAGGUGCCAAGCUUUGUAAACAUCCAUACAUUAAGUAUUUCUCAACAUAAAAUCGACACCGUUACUAUCAACCGUACUGGUGAAUGGCUUGCUUUUGGCUCAUCAACACUGGGUCAGUUGCUGGUGUGGGAAUGGCAAUCCGAGACCUAUGUAUUAAAGCAGCAAGGCCAUUAUUACAACAUGACGUCGCUAUCAUACUCUGCGGAUGGACAGACACUUGCAACAGGUGGUGAAGACGGUAAAGUCAAGGUGUGGAACACAACGUCGGGCUUUUGCUUUGUCACAUUCAGCGACCACAAGAGCAAUGUGAUGGCUGUCGAGUUUGCAAAGCAGGGCAAGGUUUUGUUUUCCGCCAGUAUGGAUGGAACUGUACGUGCAUUCGAUCUGGUACGCUAUCGAAACUUCCGAACGUUCACGAGUCCCAACCCUGUACAGUUCUCCUCACUGGUGGUGGAUCCUAGUGGUGAAGUCGUGUGCGCAGGAACGACCGACACGUUCGAGAUUUACGUAUGGAAUGUGCAAACGGGCAAGCUGCUGGAUAUCCUGGCUGGUCACACUGGACCUGUUAGCUCAUUAACGUUUUCUCCUGUGGGCAUGCUUUUGGUCAGCGGCAGUUGGGAUUACACAGCACGCACAUGGGAUA